AUGAAUAACUACUUUAAAUAUGGCUCGCUGGAGGAUACACCAAAAUACUCGUGUCGCAGAAAGGAGAACAUACAGUACCCCGCCUACAAGCUCAUGUUCGGAUUGGCCAUAUACGAUCUACUGAACAUUUUUGUUUGUGGCUAUUGGAUGGGAUACUUUACGAUUUAUGGUUUUCACUUUUGCGAUAAGCCGACGCUCAUUUUUUGGACCGGACUGUAUUGCGGACUUUUCUUUAUCGCCACCUGUCUUACUUCUGUGUCGCUGCUUUUCAAUCGACUUUUGGACGUUGCGGAAUGUCGAGGGAGAGAUCUGUUAUUUAAGGGAAAAUCCAUCUACCUCUUCAUCUUUGUCCCAUUCCUCGUUGGCCUCGAUUUCUCGACCUUCGAAACCCCAGUCCUUUUCAAUCCAGACUACGGUACCGUCAUUUUCCACCCACUCAUCCCUGGGAAUAUGGAUCAUGUGUAUAAUGUCGCGAAUCAGAUUUACUUGAAUAUAUUCGUCUGUACGUCGCUGGGGACUUGCAGCAUCUUGAUUUACGUGAUACAGUGGCGAAAAGAGAAGAUCAUGGGAUUGAAGAUGGGAUCUUAUCGGAAGCAGGUUCUCCGCCAAGCCAUCCUGGUAUCGCUUUUCGUCUUCACGACCACCUUGAUUUGGACAAGCCUCGCCUUCAUCCCUCAAGGCUCAUUUUCGAUUGCACUGAUGCAUAUCGGGCACAUUUCGUGGAUGUUGAUGCAUAGCACCCCAGCAAUGAUCUAUCUGAGCUUCAACAAAACGAUCCGAAAUAACGUUCGCCGCCUCGUCGGGAUUGCCCAAGUUUCUCGAGUUUACCACACGAAUGGAUCGGAAGUCGUAGCACCCAGUAUCCCU